GUGCCAAAGAGGCGACCCCGCGGUGCGCACUGAGCCGCACUCGGGACAUCUUGCGCCCGGCCCGCCAGGGAGCCCAUGGGUUUCUAGGCUUCACUAGGAAUUCCAUCGCGCACGUGCAUCUUCAUCUCCAUCUUCACCUCCUGAUUGGAUCUCCAGCCUCACCUCGGCUCGAAAUGGAUCCAAACUGCUCCUGCGGCACUGGUGGCUCCUGCACCUGCGCUGGUUCUUGCACGUGCAAAGAGUGCAAAUGCACCUCCUGCAAAAGGAGCUGCUGCUCCUGCUGCCCCGUGGGCUGUACCAAGUGUGCCCAGGGCUGCAUCUGCAAAGGGGCAUCGGACAAGUGCAGCUGCUGUGCCUGAUGUGGGGACAUCCCUGCUCCCAAAUGUAAAUACAUAAACAUGGACAAACUUGGAU